CCGGCGGCUCCUUCCAGGAUCUGCGUGACCUUCCGCAUGUUCUACCGCACAGUCCGGAGAGGCGGCUGGCGGAGUCCAAGAACUUCUCCUUGAGGCCGGGGUGUCUCGGCGGACCCUCCGGGCCCAUCGGAGACGUGAGGCAGAGUCACUUUAUUUCUAACACCAAUUUCAAACUAUCUACCCUUGGAUAACAGUGCAAUUAUAUGAAAGUAUGGCUGGUUAUAAGCCUGUAGUGAUCCAGGCAUAUCCUGUACUUGGUGAAAAAAUCACCCAAGAUACAGUGUACUGGAACAACUAUAAGACUCCUGUUCAGAUCAAGGAGUUUGGUGCAGUGUCAAAAGUAGACUUUUCUCCGCAGCCUCCGUAUAAUUAUGCUGUCACAGCUUCUUCAAGGAUUCACAUUUAUGGCCGAUACUCCCAAGAACCUAUAAAAACCUUUUCACGAUUUAAAGACACAGCAUACUGUGCUACUUUUCGGCAGGAUGGUAGACUGCUUGUGGCUGGCAGUGAAGAUGGUGGCAUUCAGCUUUUUGAUAUAAGUGGGAGGGCUCCCCUCAGGCAGUUUGAAGGCCAUACUAAAGCAGUUCAUACAGUAGAUUUUACAGCUGACAAAUAUCAUGUGGUCUCUGGGGCUGAUGAUUAUACAGUUAAAUUAUGGGAUAUUCCAAACUCCAAAGAAAUUCUGACAUUCAAAGAACAUUCUGAUUAUGUGAGGUGUGGAUGUGCUAGCAAACUGAACCCAGAUCUCUUUGUAACAGGGUCAUAUGAUCACACUGUGAAGAUGUUUGAUGCACGAACAAACCAGAGUGUUAUCUCUGUUGAGCAUGGGCAGCCUGUGGAGAGUGUCCUGCUUUUUCCCUCUGGAGGUCUUCUGGUAUCAGCAGGAGGUCGUUAUGUUAAAGUCUGGGACAUGCUAAAAGGAGGACAGUUGCUCGUGUCUUUGAAAAAUCAUCAUAAAACUGUGACGUGCUUAUGUCUGAGCAGCUCUGGACAGAGGUUACUUUCUGGCUCACUGGAUAGGAAGGUGAAAGUAUAUAGCACAACUUCCUACAAAGUAGUCCACAGUUUUGAUUAUGCAGCUUCAAUUUUGAGUCUUGCACUUGCACAUGAAGAUGAGACAAUAGUUGUAGGAAUGACCAACGGAAUACUGAGUGUUAAACAUCGGAAAUCUGAAGCAAAGAAGGAUUCUCUUCCCAGGAGAAGAAGGCCUGCAUAUCGAACUUUUAUUAAAGGAAAAAAUUAUAUGAAACAACAGGAUGACAUUUUGAUCAACAGACCAUCAAAGAAACACCUAGAAUUGUAUGACAGGGAUCUGAAAAACUUCCGGAUCUCUAAGGCACUUGACAGAGUCCUUGAGCCCGAUUGUGCAAUAAAGACGCCUGAGAUUACAGUUUCCAUCAUAAAGGAGCUAAAUCGAAGAGGAGUCCUUGCAAAUGCCCUUGCAGGUCGAGAUGAAAAGGAAAUCAGUCGUGUUCUUAAUUUUUUGAUAAGGAAUCUGUCCCAGCCAAGAUUUGCCCCUGUUUUGAUUAAUGCUGCCGAAAUAAUUAUUGAUAUAUAUCUACCUGUGAUUGGUCAGUCACCUGUAGUUGAUAAAAAGUUUUUGUUACUUCAAGGACUUGUAGAAAAAGAGAUUGAUUACCAAAGAGAACUACUAGAAACCUUGGGGAUGAUGGAUAUGCUUUUUGCUACCAUGACAAGGAAAGAAAGCACUUCUUUGUUGCAGCAUAAUACAUCUGAUGGAUUUCUAGAGAACAAGAAGAUUGAAUCAUAGUGUGCGCUUAACAGGACACAUAAGAACUAACUUGGAAUAGAUUUGAUGCUGUUAACUACUGGGAAGAAAAUCUCUUUGAUACAUUUUAAAAAACUCUUUACAGAAGCAAUUUUAUGGAAGAGACUGGAAUAACUAUGCUUGGAAAAUAAGAACCUGUUUUUUUUUUUUUGUUUUUAUUUUUGUGGUACGCGGGCCUCUCACUGUUGUGACCUCUCCCGUUGCGGAGCACAGGCUCCGGACGCGCAGGCUCAGCGGCCAUGGCUCACGGGCCCAGCCACUCCGCGGCAUGUGGGAUCUUCCCGGAGUGGGGCACGAACCCGUGUCCCCUGCAUUGGCAGGCGGACUCUCAACCACUGUGCCACCAGGGAAGCCCCAAGAACCUGUUUUUAAACAUGGUUUUCCAUGUGCUAUUUUGAAUUAUCUCCUGGCAUCUUCAGCUGGAAGAUCUUCUCAGUUGUUUUGGUCAUAGUGUAUGUCCAUCUUGGACAAGUUGACAUUAAUUUUAAUACAGCAGAGUUCUGUUUCAGCAUUUGAGUAGGCAUUCAGAACUCUGGAGAGGGUUUCAACUACGAAUCCUGCCAAAGGAACAGGGCUUUAUUUUUCCCUUCUAGCCUGGAAAAACAACAACAAAACAGAUGGCAACAACAAAACAAAUGGCAACAACAAAUAGAUUCUUUCUGCACUCUAAUCGGUGCACUUGGGAUUCCCAAGCCCCAGCUGAGUUUGCCUCCCUCUCCUUGAUGUCAUCACUUAUCCUAGGUCACAUGUUCCACCUAGCUGGUAAUUGGACUGUAUCUGUUCCAAGUGUGGCAAAUUAGUGGCCAACUCUGAAUAAUUGACCCUAGUUUGACCUGUAUUCAGAGAGUGUGAUGAGGCAGAUUUGAAUACUAAAAAUUGUGCUCACCAGCCCAUGGUUCUUUUUCUUUCUGUAAUCUUGACUGCUUCUCAGAACAAGGUCUGCAGGUAGGCCUUACAGACCAUGUUUUUCCUCUUCCCCAAAUAAUGCAGCCUUUCUACCAGCUUUUCAACUUGGCUUCAGGUCAGCGGAAUGAUAAAAUUUGCCAUGUCUCUUGUGAUUAAUAGCCUUUCAGCGUUUUUUAUACAUUUUGAUAUAUUUGGAGCUUAUCUUGUAACUGCCUACCUCUGAAAACCAUCUGAUCUGUGUUUAGGUUUUUGGUUUUUUUUCCCUCUAUUCUUAACAUCAUUUUGUGUUUCGGAACCCCAAGCCAGAGUAGCUUGUUUUGGAAAAUACUUGUGUUUUUUAAAAAAAGUUCAAUGUAAAUCACAUUUUUUUAAAAAGAAAUUCAUAUUUUCUUCUUGGCUUUCUGAGAUGUAUCAGUUCCUGAUGGAUAGUCACUGGCUACUGAUUCCUAGCACACUGAUUUUACACUUGCUACCUUUUCCACCUUCCCCCAGUUCCUUUAGUAGUUAAUUAUCUGUAAGGAAAUGUCAGGCCAGAAGAAUUCUUAGUUAAGGAAGAUUUUGUAAUUGCAGUCUCCUCUUAAAAUUUCAGUUCUGUGAAUUCAGAUAUAUUUUUUUAAAGCAGAAAAAAAUAUUCCUAUGUUCUGAUAAGGACAUAUGCUCAAACAGAGGGUCUGGUUUCCCCCUCAUGAAUUGACUUAAGCAAUCAUGAAGCCCAGUGGCUUAUAAGAAACCAGGAGUUAGCUUCCCUGAGUAAUUAUGAGAUUAGUCAAGGUUAGAAACUGUGUCUUCAUGUUAAGAAGGGUUAAUUUAUUUAAAUAAAUUUAAAGCUUUUUAAAAAAUUUAACUUCAUAAAUAUGCUGAUAGAUUGGAUACUAUCAAUAGUAAGAAUGAAAGGUUAAAAUUCUACCAAAAAACUAGCUGCCAUCAACUGUCACAUGUGACAAGGGUUUUCCCAUACAUUAUUUGAUUCUCACCACAACCAUCCAAGGUUGGUAUUCUCAUUUAUCAUUGAAUUUCCUACAGUAGUUAAUUCACCCUUGAACUCCCCCAAGCUUGAGUUCCUCAUGCCAGCACCCUGAACUGGCCCGCCUGCUGGGGCCCAAACCACGGAGUGCUGCCGUUUUUACAUGAGAUACGUAAUGAUUACAAAUUUUCAAAAAGGUUAAGGAACAAUUCCCACCGCCAUCAAUACUUCAGUGUUAAGUUCAGGAAUAGUUUUUUAUAGUCAUUGGGACAAACUGUAGUAUUUGCUAUUUGAAGUAGUAUUGGAACAUACUUGGCAUAUUACAGUAUGUAACACUGGCCUUCAUUUCCAACUUAAAAUGCCUAACAGAUUUUUAGACUUGUAAAUUUUAGUUGAAAUGUAUUUUAAGAUCUUACAAAGCCUGCAGAAAUACUGAAGUAUGUCAGAGAACUUAGCCACUGUACAUUUAAUUUAUUAUAUUUAUAAGAGUUAAGUACUUGGGAAGGUUUUGCUUGUUGGGUCAAGCAUUUGAAGUGCUAUUUACAAGAAAAUAUCUUAAAAGUAUAAAUGCUAUUAAACUGUUUAAAGGACUUUGGGUUGUAAAUGGGAUUGUUUAAAGAAAUUUAGUCUGUUCAACUUAAAUCAACUAUCAGACAUUAAUUAAAAGCCCCAUUUAAAAUGAUUAUUAAAAUAUAGUAGUUUAUUGAAUGAAAUGACAGACUGUAUGCUGGUGGGGAUAAUCCCUCUAUAGAGAGGGGGAAACUGAUGAUUAGAGUAGAGAGAGGGGACCAAUUGCUGGAGCGGUGUCCUUGGAAGGGGGCAUGGGACUGAGCACCCAAAUGGAAUGGUUGGCUUAGACAGCAAAUGAAUCGUUUGGGCAUAGUUCAAGAGGGAAGGCAGAAGAUAUGGCACAGGUGUAAUGAGGUGUAUAGCUGUGGUGCUGGGGGUUUGUGGAAGUCCUUUACUAAGUGCCUUUAUGGGAAAAAAAAAAAACUGAAACAGGUUGGAGAAGGAGGAGUUCAGAGGUUAGAAAGUCUGAGGAGAGAACAGAAAGUAAGUACUUCUAGGGAGGUCAAGGGCUCAUACUCUGGAGCCCUCUGCCUGGGUUUGAAUCUUGGCUCAGCCACUCGCUAGCUGUGUGCCUUUGGUAAAGUUAUUUUACCAUUUUGUAUUUCAUUUUCUUCAUCUGUUAAUCAGACAAACAAAAUCACAAAAGGUGCUUGUGAGAAUUGAGUUAAUACCUGUAAGAGUAACCUAGAAUAUUUCUGUUGUUCACUAUUGUUGGGGGAAUGGAUGGACUAGAAAAGGAAGUAGCAU